AUGUCGGCGCCUGUGAUGACGGUGGAGGAGAUGUUAGAGAGGCUGAGGAGAGAAGCGGAGGUGCGGGGGCCUGGCUGGCUGCAGGAGCAGCUAGAUUCGGGACCAGGAACGGUGGACCGGCCCAGUCCCUCCUUCAGUGGGCGGUCCACUCGGUGGUCUGAUGAUGUCCGGGUUCCUCGGACUGCGCUGGUGGAGGACGAAUACCAGCGCAGGUCCAGAGAAGAUUUGAGCAGCGUGGAAGAAGGUCCCCUUGCAGUGGUGGAGGCCGCGGUCUCGUCCCGGUGUCCGGCCAGUGUGGUGCAGAGGGUCGUGCAAGUGGUCCAGGAGGAGCAGCCGUCGACGUCCAGGAGCUAUGAUGGUGCAGUGUCCGUGCGGCAGGAGUCAGGAUCUGCGGCAGCGGGAGUCACAGCGCCCGUGGUGCCUGGUCGAAUGAUGGCGGCGUUGGUGUGGAUUUUGGGGCACUCCUAUGUGUUCUGGGGUGCAAUCAGAGCGGAUGUGAGGCCGAGUGGCCGGCAGUUGGGUGUGAGUCCGGAGUUGGCUACGGGGCUACAUGAGACUUGUGACCUGUCUCAUUUCCAGUCAGGGCCUGGACGGGCGAGUCUGAGCAAGCCGCCUCCUGCUAGGCAGACGUCUGGACCUCCAUGA